AUGGACGUGUCUGCCAAGAACACCCACGCAUCCGGCCUCACUCUGAGCCAGCUUCGAGAUUGGCCCCCAAGAGCCAUCCUUAGCACCAGCAUCAUAAUCAUCUUGUUGUGUUGCGAAGUCGUGUAUGGAUUUCUUGAUGAGGCCGGACAGGCGAUUAUUAUACGGGCCCUGAUCGCUGGAUAUUGCAUGGCGUAUCUAUUGCACUGCGUUGCCUACGCGUACACGUUGCGCCAGAGCAAAGUGCAGCGUGAUAAACGUCUUGUUGUCAUCAUCAUCAUGGCCAUCGUGGUUGGCGGUUCUAUGGUGGCCCUGAUGAUGGAAUGGUCCAGCGAUGUUCAGCAUUUAUUCUGCAUCCUUGCACUGGGGAUUUCCUGGGAAUUGGAAAUCAAUCCAUAG